AUGACUAGGAAGCUUGUUAAGGAAGUGGUGAGGAAAGAGGAACGACAGGAAACGGAUCAGAACAUCAUGAGUGAGAACCAGAGAACAGAGAGAGAAGAGGAAAAUUUAAAACAGGAUAUGAGUGAGGUCAAUGAAACUGACGGGUUUGAGAGUAUAGAGAGGUACGUUUAGGUUAACUUCGUGUGCGGAUCACGGAGGAGACUAAUGUGCUUUUCUGAGUAGGGGUGACUAUCCUGCAGAGCUACAGAAUGGGGGAGGAGGAUUGGGGGAACUUACUCUAUCCCCCCACGAUAGAGUAGGGAGGUAUGUUUGGCUUAACUUCGUGUGUGUAUGUGUGUGCAGAUUACAGAGGAGACUAAUGUUCUUUUCUGAGCAGUGAUGACAACCCCGCAGAGACAGAGAAUGUGGGAGGAGCGGCGGGGGAACCUACUCCAGCCCUCCACGAUAAAGCAGGGAGGUGUGUUUAGCUUAACUUUGUGUGUGUGCGCAGAUAACAGAGGAGACUAAUGUUCUUUUCUGAGUAGUGAUGACAACCCCGCAGAGCCACAGAAUGGGGGAGGAGCCGCGGGGGAACAUACUCCAGCCCUCCAGGAUAGAGUAGGGAGGUAUAUUUGGCUUAACUUUGUGUGUGGGCAGACCACGGAGGAGACUAAUGUUCUUUUUCAGUAGUGAUGGCCACCCUGCAGAGCCACAGCAUGAGAGAAGAUCGCCAGGGGAAACUACUCCACCACACCACGAUGUACGAGUACUAUGGAAGUAUGUUUGGUUUAAUUUUGUGUGUGUGCAGGUCACGGAGGAGACUAAUGUUCUUUUUUGACUAGUGAUGGCCACCCUGCAGAGCCACAGGAUGGGAGAGGAUCGGCGGGUGAAACUACUCCAGCCCCCCACAAUGGAGUAGAGAGGUAUGUUUUGCUUAAUUCUGUGUGUGUGUAUGCAGGCCACGGAGGAGACUAAUGUUCUUUUUUUGAGUAGUGGUGACUAUCCCGAAGGGCUACAGUAUGGAGAGGGAGCGGCAGGGAAACCUACUCCAGCUCUCCGCGAUAGAGCGCGCAAUUUCAUCCAACGGUAUGCGACGAAACCGCCUGCACUGAUUGCGGUUAUGGGGAAGACGGGGACUGGGAAAACGAGCUUUAUCAAUGCCAUUACAGGGGGGGGUCUUAUGGUGGGCCACGGGCUUGAAUCUUGCAAGUAUCCCCUUUCCCCUCAUCUAUCUAGAAGACUCCCCUCACUAACGGGGCCACAGGCACCCAAGAUAUCCAAACUGCAAGGACAACCAUCAAUGGCCGGGAAGUGUGGCUUAUAGACACACCCGGAUUCGACGACACCAACCGAUCCGACGUCGACAUAUUAAGCACGAUUGCCGAAUGGGUCAAACAAGCUAGUCACGAGCGCCAGCACCUCUCAGGAAUAAUUUAUUUCCACCGAAUAGCCGACCCGCGCAUGGAAGGCUCAAACAUGAAGAACUUGAAAAUGUUCCGAGAGCUUUGUGGCGAGAAGAACUUCAACAAUGUUGUACUCCUCACAACAAUGUGGGAUAAAGUUAGCGAAGAGGAUGGCCAAAAACGCGAGGAUGAGCUGAAAAGUAGGGCAGGUUUCUGGGGUAAUCUGAUCUCUCGUGGAGCACAGGUAAAGCGGCACCGAGGUCCCGAUUUCACGACCUCUGCGAGGGAUAUAGCCCAGCCGCUCAUCGAGAAGGAUACGAUUGUCCUGAAGCUCCAGGAUGAACUGGACAGGAAUAGUAGCCUGUCAGAUACGUCUGCCGGGAGGUACCUGACUGGUGAGAUAGAAGCAAUCAAGAGGCAGCAUCAGGGGGAGUUGGAAGCACUUAAGGCUGAGCUGAAGGACACUAGCAGUAAGGAGGAAAUCAAGUUAUUGAGGGAAUGCUACCAGAAGGAGAUCCAGGCGUUGAAGAAAGCUACAGAUGACUUGGAGAAAUUGAGGGCCGAGGAUAGGAGGAAUUUCCAGCAAAAAAUAGCAGGGAUGCAAAAACAGUUGGACGAUCGCGGCGGCUGCAUUAUCAGUUGA